CGUGGGUGACGGCCGGCAAUAACUUCUUUUAAUUUAGAAAAUGAGUCCACGCAUUAUUUUUCCUACUCUAUCUCAUUCUUUGAAAUUGGAUAAGUACCACGUAGAAUUUCUCAACAAGUUGCUGGAGGAUAUUCUUACAAACUGCCAACAAGCUGAUAGAAACAUCAAAGAGAGAGACGAAUGCUGUACAGAACUUGAGAAAAUUUUGAAAAGAAAGUAUGACAGGGUCACUCCAGUCCUCAGUAAGUUUGGUUCAUCAGCCAAUGGCUUUGGCACACACCAGUGUGAUCUCGACCUCUCUCUGACUUUUAAAUUCAAAAAUGGUAAUAAAAUGCCAAAAAAAUCAUUCGAGUCAAGAUACGGGCCCGAUGAAAGAAACAUCGAGAUGAUAUCGGCGGAACUGAAGAAGCACAUCAACUUUGUGCAGGUCCACGCGAACACCGUCAACUGCCUGCCACACACCAACAUGAAGUACAAGAAGGGCCACUCGUUACUCGAGUGCAAUCUCUCCCUCUACAAUCUGAUGGCAGAACGAAACUCUCACUUGUUACUCACCUACUCACAAAUUGAUAAACGAGCUCGAACGCUCGGGUUUGCUUUCAAGAAGUUGAUGAAGAUGAGUAGAUUGAUUUCAUCCGCAGUAGAUGAUGGUGAUGGUGGUGAUCGAUACCUCUCCAGCUACGCCAUCUUACUCAUGCUCAUCCACUUCCUACAACGCGUCCAACCACCAGUUCUUCCUCCGUUGCAAAAGUUUAAAAGAUUUGAGAAGAAGGAAACGCUGAUGGGAUGUGAUGUGUGGUUCUUCCAUAAUGUUGAUGAUGUCAAGACGGAGUGGGAUGGCUACAUGGGAAACAAGAUGGAGGUCGGUGACCUCUGGUUGAGGUUGUUGACCUUCUACUCGUCCGAAUUCGACUUCAACAAGUCUGUGGUGUCGAUCAGAGAGACAGGUCACAUGAGCAAGAGGGAGAAGGGAUGGACUGAUGACGUCAUCGCCAUCGAGGAUCCGUUCAAGUUGCAACAUAACGUAGCCGGGCAGCUGUCAAGGAGAG